CGUCUCAUUCAAAUUUUAAUCCCAACUUUGAAAAUUUUGACCUGUGAGAUGCUCGGUUAUGCUUCCCCUCUCAUUCAUAAUUUAACUUUCAAAGCUUUUUUUUGUCUCUGUCCAUUAGCUGGCAAAGGAUAAUCCUUCCUCUCCAAUCUCCAUCAACUUAAAUAAAGCCUUCUUCACCUUCUUCUUUGCCAUUUUGCUCGUCUGUUCCUCCUUAUCAUAGCAUGGGGAGGCAGCCAUGCUGUGAUAAGGAGAGGGUGAAGAGGGGUUCAUGGACGGCUGAGGAAGAUCAGAAGCUUGUUGACUUCAUCCUCAACAAUGGCAUUCAUUGCUGGCGCCUCGUGCCGAAGCUUGCAGGUUUGAUGAGAUGUGGUAAGAGCUGCAGGCUGAGAUGGAUCAAUUACCUUCGCCCUGAUCUUAAGAGAGGAGCUCUAUCUGAAACUGAGGAGCAGCAGAUAAUUAAGCUCCAUUCUAAUCUUGGUAACAGAUGGUCGAAGAUUGCUUCGCAUUUUCCGGGCAGAACCGACAACGAAAUCAAGAACAUAUGGAACACCACAAUCAAAAAGAAGCUGAAGCUUCAGAGCUCGGAUCAACUGACUGCCAAGAACAAUGAGGCUGACAGGAAGAAACUCAUUUCCAAGAUUGAAGACAAGGGCUUGGUAAUUGAAACCAGCACUGAAAGCUCAAAGAGCUCUUCAUUUCAGGAACUGGAACAGAACUGGACUCAAGAGAUGAAGCUAAUUCAAGCUAAUCUUUCUAUUAGCUGCAGUGCUUCAACAUCCAUGGAAGGAAAUGUUAAUCCAUCUUCAUGGGAAGGAGAAUCAAAUGUUCAUGGAGAAUCUGAUGAGCUCUUUUGGGCUGAUACAAUUGAUUACUCCUCAUCAUGGGAUGCCUAUAAUUUUGUUGAUGAUUUUCUGCAUUAUGAAAACUACCCAUGAGAUUUUUUUUUUCUUGU